AUGAUAUUUGAGCACUCCGAAUUCGGCAUGCUAAGUGGCACACAAGGGUGGACACAAGGUUUAAAACAGGAGUUGACACAAGGAGGAAUGUCUCAGCUGUCGUUUGAAGGUCAGUCCAAUCAAAUGCAGGACAUCUUGGACUUGGUGAUCACCGACCCGCUUCACGUGACAUCGGAAUUUAGUUCAUUGGCCGUUGGCGGCGACAUACAUUCCCGGUCGGUCCCGGUCGAGGAAAUGGUCACGGUGAACGUGACAGAUCUGCUUUUAGAACCAGAGGGAGGUAAUAAAACCUUGGUUGGGCCGAUGGAAUUCAUGCAUCACGUAAACAGAGACCUGUCCCGCGACUUCGAGAAGAAUAGCGACGAUCAUAAUUCAAUGCUUGCAGGAAACCAACUACUGCGGCCAUCUUUAAAGACUCGUAAGAGCAAUCCGUUUUACUCUCCACCUAAGCACAUUCGCAAGAUGAUUGUGAAGGAGAGAAGCAAAAAACCGGAAAGUCGGCGGCAGUCUAGUUCCAGAUCGGCUCAGGCAAUUGACAGUAUGUCGCAAGCGAUGUAUCCUGCGAGGCCCGGGGAAUUAACUCUAAAGAGAAGGGAGACGAUUGGCUGA